CACGGGCGCGGCCAGCCCCCCGGACCACGGCAUGGCGGGGUACCUGUCCCCCGCCGCCUACAUGUACGUGGAGGAGCAGGAGUACCUCCAGGCUUACGAGGAUGUCCUGGAAAGGUACAAAGAUGAGCGGGACAAAGUUCAAAAGAAAACAUUUACAAAAUGGAUAAAUCAGCAUCUCAUGAAGGUUCGGAAGCACGUGAACGAUCUCUACGAGGAUCUGAGGGAUGGGCACAAUUUGAUCUCCCUCCUGGAGGUUCUGUCCGGAGAUACCUUGCCCCGAGAGAAGGGUCGGAUGCGCUUUCACAGGCUACAGAAUGUACAGAUUGCACUGGACUAUUUGAAAAGACGCCAGGUGAAGUUAGUGAAUAUCAGAAAUGAUGACAUAACAGAUGGAAAUCCUAAGCUGACUUUGGGGUUAAUAUGGACAAUAAUUCUGCACUUUCAGAUAUCUGACAUCCAUGUAACUGGAGAGUCAGAGGACAUGUCUGCGAAAGAAAGGCUGCUCCUGUGGACACAGCAGGCGACAGAAGGUUAUGCCGGGGUGCGGUGUGAAAACUUUACUACCUGCUGGAGAGAUGGGAAACUAUUCAAUGCCAUCAUUCAUAAAUACAGGCCGGACCUGAUAGACAUGAAUACUGUUGCUGUUCAAAGCAACCUUGCAAACUUAGAGCACGCUUUUUAUGUAGCUGAAAAAAUCGGUGUUAUCAGACUUCUGGACCCUGAAGAUGUUGAUGUCUCCUCCCCGGACGAGAAGUCAGUGAUAACCUAUGUGUCCUCUCUCUAUGAUGCAUUUCCCAAAGUCCCUGAAGGUGGCGAAGGCAUUGGUGCAAACGAUGUUGAAGUCAAAUGGAUUGAAUACCAGAAUAUGGUGAACUACCUCAUCCAGUGGAUUAGACACCACGUGGUCACAAUGUCCGAGAGAACAUUUCCUAACAACCCUCUAGAACUAAAGGCACUUUAUAAUCAGUAUUUACAGUUCAAAGAGAAAGAAAUCCCACCAAAGGAGACCGAGAAAUCAAAAAUUAAACGACUGUAUAAAUUAUUAGAGAUUUGGAUCGAGUUUGGGCGCAUCAAACUCCUUCAAGGUUAUCAUCCGAACGACAUCGAAAAGGAGUGGGGCAAACUCAUCAUCGCCAUGCUCGAGAGGGAGAAGGCGCUGCGUCCUGAGGUGGAGAGGUUGGAUAUGCUGCAGCAAAUUGCUACCCGAGUUCAGAGGGAUAGUGUCAGCUGCGAAGAUAAACUCAUCCUCGCCCGAAAUGCUCUCCAGUCUGAUUCCAAAAGAUUAGAAUCAGGUGUGCAGUUUCAGAAUGAAGCAGAGAUUGCCGGGUACAUACUUGAAUGUGAGAACCUUUUACGCCAGCACGUGAUUGACGUACAGAUUCUGAUAGACGGGAAAUACUACCAGGCUGAUCAGCUGGUGCAGAGGGUUGCAAAGCUGCGAGAUGACAUUGUGGCCUUAAGGAACGAGUGUUCCUCGGUGUACAGCCAAGGACGCAUGCUGACCACGGAGCAGACCAAGCUCAUGAUAUCAGGAAUCACUCAAAGCUUAAACUCAGGAUUUGCACAGACCUUACACCCUAGUCUGAACUCGGGGCUAACGCAGAGUUUAACCCCUUCCUUGACGUCUUCUAGCGUGACCUCGGGCUUGUCGUCCGGGAUGACAUCCCGCCUGACACCGUCGGUUACUCCAGUGUAUACACCUGGGUUCCCAUCAGUGGUAGCUCCAAACUUCAGUUUGGGGGUAGAGCCAAAUUCAUUACAGACUUUGAAGCUAAUGCAGAUCCGAAAGCCCCUUCUCAAGUCAUCUUUGCUGGAUCAGAACUUGACAGAAGAGGAAGUCAAUAUGAAAUUUGUUCAAGAUCUCUUGAACUGGGUUGACGAGAUGCAGGUGCAGCUGGACCGCACUGAAUGGGGCUCAGAUUUGCCAAGUGUUGAAAGUCAUUUAGAAAACCAUAAAAAUGUUCACCGAGCCAUUGAAGAAUUUGAAUCUAGCCUUAAGGAAGCUAAAAUUAGUGAGAUUCAGAUGACAGCACCUCUGAAGCUCUCUUACAUGGAUAAGUUGCACAGAUUAGAGAGUCAGUAUGCUAAACUCCUGAACACAUCCAGAAACCAGGAGCGGCAUCUCGAUACGCUCCACAACUUUGUAACCCGGGCAACAAACGAACUUAUCUGGUUGAAUGAAAAAGAAGAGUCGGAGGUUGCUUACGACUGGAGUGAGAGGAACAGCAACAUCGCCCGGAAGAAAGGCUACCACGCAGAACUGAUGCGGGAGCUGGAGCAGAAGGAGGAAAGCAUUAAAGCUGUUCAGGAGAUCGCAGAGCAGCUGCUUCUAGAAAACCACCCAGCCCGCUUGACCAUCGAGGCAUACAAAGCGGCCAUGCAGACGCAGUGGAGCUGGAUCCUCCAGCUGUGCCAGUGUGUGGAGCAGCACAUUCAGGAGAACACUGCGUAUUUUGAGUUUUUCAAUGAUGCCAAAGAAGCUACUGAUUACCUAAGGAAUCUGAAAGAUGCCAUUCAGCGCAAGUACAGCUGUGACAGAUCGAGCAGCAUUCACAAACUGGAAGACCUCGUCCAGGAGUCCAUGGAGGAAAAGGAGGAGCUCCUGCAGUACCGGAGCGUGGUGGCAGGUCUGAUGGGACGGGCAAAGACGGUCGUGCAGCUGAAGCCAAGGAAUCCUGACAAUCCACUCAAAACAUCCAUCCCGAUCAAAGCCAUCUGUGACUACAGACAAAUUGAGAUAACCAUUUACAAAGACGAUGAAUGUGUUUUGGCAAACAACUCUCAUCGUGCUAAAUGGAAGGUCAUCAGUCCUACUGGGAAUGAGGCCAUGGUCCCAUCUGUGUGUUUUACUGUUCCCCCACCAAACAAAGAAGCAGUUGACUUUGCCAACAGAAUUGAGCAACAGUAUCAGAGCGUCCUCACUCUUUGGCAUGAAUCUCACAUAAACAUGAAGAGUGUAGUCUCCUGGCAUUAUCUAGUCAAUGAAAUCGACAGAAUUCGAGCUAGUAACGUGGCUUCAAUAAAGACAAUGUUGCCUGGCGAACACCAGCAGGUUCUCAGUAAUCUCCAGUCCCGCCUGGAAGAUUUCCUGGAGGAUAGCCAGGAAUCCCAAAUAUUUUCAGUCUCAGAUAUAACUCAGAUAGAAAAGGAAGUGAAUGUGUGCAGGAAGUAUUAUCAAGAGCUUCUCAAGUCUGCAGAAAGAGAGGAGCAAGAGGAGUCUGUGUAUAAUCUGUACAUCUCGGAGGUGCGCAACAUCCGACUCCGCCUGGAGAGCUGUGAAGACAGGUUAAUUCGGCAGAUCAGGACUCCCCUGGAAAGAGAUGAUUUACAUGAAAGCAUGUUCAGAAUCACGGAACAGGAGAAACUGAAGAAAGAGCUGGAACGGCUCAAAGAGGAUUUGGGAACCAUCACAAAUAAGUGUGAAGAGUUUUUCAGCCAAGCGGCCGACUCCCCAUCUGUCCCCGCUCUCCGCUCAGAGCUCAGCGUGGUCGUUCAGAGCAUGAGUCAGAUCUACUCCAUGUCUUCCACUUACAUAGAGAAGUUGAAGACUGUUAAUUUGGUUUUAAAAAACACCCAAGCUGCAGAAGCCCUUGUCAAACUUUAUGAAACCAAACUGUGUGAAGAAGAAGCAGUUAUAGCUGACAAGAAUACCAUUGAGAAUUUAAUGAGUACUUUAAAGCAAUGGCGAUCAGAAGUAGAUGAGAAGAGAGAGGUGUUCCAUGCUUUGGAAGACGAGUUGCAGAAAGCAAAAGCCAUCAGUGAUGAGAUGUUCAAGACACACAAAGAACGGGACCUUGACUUAGACUGGCACAAAGAAAAGGCAGACCAGCUCGUCGAAAGGUGGCAGAGUGUUCAUGUCCAGAUCGACAAUAGGCUACGAGACUUAGAAGGCAUCGGGAAGUCCCUGAAGCACUACAGGGAUUCCUAUCACCCUCUAGAUGACUGGAUCCAGCAAAUUGAAACUACCCAGAGAAAAAUUCAGGAAAAUCAGCCAGAAAACAGCAAAGCCCUGGCCCUCCAGCUGAAUCAGCAGAAGAUGCUGGUGUCUGAAAUAGAGGUGAAACAGAACAAAAUGGACGAGUGUCAAAAAUACUCAGAGCAGUACUCGGCUGCAGUCAAGGACUAUGAAUUGCAAACAAUGACCUACAGGGCCAUGGUGGAUUCCCAGCAGAAGUCACCAGUGAAGCGCCGUAGGAUACAGAGCUCAGCAGACCUCGUUAUUCAAGAGUUCAUGGACCUACGGACGCGGUACACUGCCCUGGUCACUCUUAUGACACAGUAUAUUAAAUUUGCUGGCGAUUCGUUGAAAAGGCUGGAAGAGGAGGAGAAGUCACUGGAUGAAGAGAAGAAACAACAUGUUGAAAAAGCUAAAGAAUUGCAGAAAUGGGUAUCAAAUAUCAGCAAGACACUGGGAGAUGGGGAGAAAGCUGAGAAACCUCUAUUCUCUAAGCAACAGAUUUCCAGUAAAGAGAUAUCAGCCAAGAAGGAGCAGUUCUCGGAAGCUCUGCAAACCACACAGAUUUUUUUGGCUAAACAUGGAGACAAGCUGACAGAAGAAGAAAGAAGUGAUUUGGAGAAACAGGUGAAAACCCUGCAGGAAGGUUACAAUUUAUUAUUCAGUGAAUCUCUGAAACAGCAAGAGUUACAACCCUCAGGAGAGGCGAAGGUCGAGGAGAAGGUUGUGGCAGAGCGUCAACAAGAGUACAAAGAGAAACUCCAAGGGCUGUGUGAUCUCCUCACCCAGACUGAAAACCGUCUAAUUAGUCACCAGGAAGCCUUUGUGAUUGGAGAUGGCACAGUGGAGUUAAAAAAGUACCAGUCCAAGCAAGAGGAAUUACAGAGAGAGAUGCAAGGAAGUACACAGGCACUGGCAGAAAUAGUGAGAAACACAGAAAUCUUUUUAAAAGAAAGCGGUGAUGAGUUGUCCCAAGAAGACAAAGCUUUGAUUGAGCAGAAACUCAACGAGGCGAAGGUGAAGUGUGAGCAGCUGCGUCUAAAGGCAGAGCAGUCGAGAAAGGAGCUGGAUAAAGCAGUGACUACGGCCCUCAAGGAGGAGACUGAAAAGGUUGCAGCUGUGAGGCAGCUGGAAGAGAGCAAAACUAAAAUAGAAAAUCUUUUGAACUGGUUGUCAAAUGUUGAGAAAGACUCAGAAGGGGCAGGGAUGAAGCACACACGACCCAUGGAGCAGAAUGGAACCCAUUUGCAUGAAGGUGAUGGCAAGUCAGGAGGCGGUGAAGAGGAUGAAGUCAACGGUAACCUGCUGGAGACGGAUGCUGAAGGGCACAGUGGGACCCCCGAGGGGAAUCUGAACCAGCAGUACGAGAAAGUCAAGGCCCAGCAUGAAAAGAUCAUGGCUCAGCACCAGGCCGUCAUCUUAGCCACGCAGUCGGCCCAGAUGCUGCUUGAGAAACAGGGCCACUAUCUGUCGCCCGAAGAGAAGGAGAAGCUGCAGACGAACAUGCAGGAGCUGAAGGCACAUUACGAGACUGUGCUGGCCGAGUGUGAGAAGAAGGUGAAGCUGACGCACUCCCUGCAGGAGGAGCUGGAGAAGUUUGACGCUGACUGGAAUGAGUUUGAGCAUUGGCUACAGCAGUCAGAGCAAGAGCUGGAGAACCUGGAGGCGGGUGCGGACGACCUCAGUGGGCUAACGGACAAGCUGACGAGGCAGAAGAGCUUCUCAGAGGACGUCAUUUCGCACAAAGGUGACCUGAGGUACAUCACCAUUUCUGGAAACAGAGUGAUCGAAGCUGCCAAAUCUUGCAGCAAGAGGGACAGUGACACGAUUGGCAAGGACAGCAUCGAGACUUCCGCAACCCACAGAGAGGUUCAGACCAAACUGGAUCAGGCUACAGACCGCUUCCGAUCUCUCUACUCUAAGUGCAGUAUUCUUGGAAAUAACCUCAAAGAUCUGGUGGAUAAAUACCAACACUAUGAAGAUGCUUCCUGUGGACUUCUCUCCGGGCUCCAGGCCUGCGAGGCCAAAGCCAGCAAACAUUUACUCGAGCCUAUUGCUUUGGACCCCAAAAAUCUGCAAAGGCAGUUAGAAGAGACCAAGGCUCUGCAAGGACAGAUAUCAAGUCAGCAGGUCGCCGUAGAGAAGCUGAAGAAAACCGCAGAAGUACUCCUGGAUGCCAAGGGCUGGCUACUUCCUGCCAAGAAUGAUAUCCAGAAGACACUUGAAGACAUUGUUGGGAGAUACGAUGAUCUGUCCAAGUCUGUGAAUGAACGGAAUGAGAAGCUUCAGAUAACGCUGACCCGCUCGCUGAGUGUGCAGGACGGUCUGGACGAGAUGCUGGACUGGAUGGGCAAUGUGGAAAGCUCACUGGUCAAGCCGGGUCAAGUGCCCUUAAACUCCACAGCGCUCCAGGAUCUCAUCAGUAAAAACACCAUGCUGGAGCAGGAUAUUACAGGUCGCCAGAGCAGCAUAAAUGCCAUGAAUGAAAAGGUGAAGACAUUUAUAGAGACAGCAGACCCGUCCACCGCCUCCUCACUGCAAGCGAAAAUGAAGGACCUGUCUGCUCGCUUUUCCGAAGCGAGCCAGAAACACAAGGAAAAGCUUGCCAAGAUGGUGGAGCUAAAGGCCAAAGUAGAACAGUUUGAGAAGCUCUCAGAAAAGCUCCAGACGUUUCUAGAGACACAGAGCCAGGCGCUCACUGAGGUGGACAUGCCCGGAAAGGAUGUUUCAGAGCUGUCUCAGCAUAUGCAGGAAUCAACUACUAAAUUCUUAGAACACAGGAAAGAUCUCGAAGCUUUGCACAGUCUCCUAAAGGAGAUAUCCAGCCAUGGCUUACCAGGAGACAAAGCUCUGGUGUUUGAGAAGACUAAUAAUUUGUCAAAGAAGUUCAAAGAAAUGGAGGAUACUAUCCAAGAAAAGAAAGAAGCACUGAGUUCUUGUCAGGAGCAGCUGAGUGCUUUCCAAGCUCUUGCUCAGUCACUGAAAGCGUGGAUAAAAGAAACAACCAAGCAGGUUCCUGUCCUGAAGCCUUCUUUCGGCGCAGAGGACUUGGGAAAAGCUCUGGAAGAAACCAAGAAAUUACAAGAAAAGUGGAGUCUGAAAGCACCAGAAAUUCACAAAGCAAACAACAGUGGGGUCUCACUAUGUAACCUGCUGGGUGCAUUGAUCAGCCCUGCAAAGGCCAUAGCCGCAGCCAAAUCAGGUGGAAUAAUACUAAAUGGUGAAGGAACAGACACAAAUACUCAGGAUUUCUUGGCAAAUAAAGGUUUAACAUCUAUCAAAAAGGACAUGACUGACAUAAGCCACAGUUACGAAGACCUGGGCCUCUUACUCAAGGAUAAAAUAGUUGAACUGAACACUAAGCUCUCCAAGUUGCAAAAGGCUCAGGAAGAGUCCAGUGCGAUGAUGCAGUGGUUACAGAAGAUGAACAGAACUGCCAGCAGGUGGCGCCAGACCCCGACACCGGCAGACACGGAGUCUGUGAAGAUGCAGGUGGAGCAGAACAAGUCAUUUGAGGCAGAACUAAAGCAAAAUGUAAACAAAGUACAAGAAUUAAAAGACAAACUGGCAGAGCUUCUGAAGGAGAACCCAGAGGCUCCUGAGGCCCCAUCCUGGAAGCAGACUCUGGCAGAGAUGGACACUAAGUGGCAAGAACUCAACCAGUUAACUGUCGACCGGCAACAAAAGCUGGAAGAGUCCUCCAAUAACCUAACCCAGUUCCAGACCACAGAGGCCCAGUUAAAACAGUGGCUCACGGAGAAAGAGCUGAUGGUCAGUGUGCUCGGGCCCUUGUCCAUUGACCCAAACAUGUUGAGCACACAGAAGCAGCAGGUCCAGAUUCUGCUGCAAGAAUUCGACACCAGAAAACCUCAGUAUGAACAGCUCACAGCAGCUGGCCAGGGCAUUCUGAGCAGGCCUGGGGAAGACCCUUCUUUACAUGGGCUUGUGAAGGAACAACUGGUAGCUGUGACCCAGAAGUGGGAGAACCUAACCGGACAACUAAGGGACAGGUGUGACUGGAUUGGCCAGGCUAUCGUCAAAAGCACACAGUACCAGGGUCUGCUGAGAAGUCUCUCAGGUACCCUGACUGAGCUGGAUGACAAGCUCAGCAGUGGCCUCACCGCGGGCACACUGCCCGAUGCCGUGAACCAACAACUGGAGGCAGCCCAAAAGCUGAAACAGGAAAUAGAGCAGCAAACACCGAAGAUCAAGGAGGCCCAGGCAAUCUGCGAGGACCUGUCGGCACUGGUCAAAGAGGAGUACUUGAAAGCAGAACUGAGCAGGCAACUGGAAGGCAUCUUAAAGUCGUUUAAGGAUAUUGAGCAAAAGACAGAGAAUCAUGUUCAGCGCCUCCAGUCAGCCUGUGCGAGCUCUCACCAGUUUCAGCAAAUGUCUAAGGAUUUCCAAGCGUGGCUUGACGCAAAGAAAGAAGAGCAAAGGAACUCUCCCCCGAUAUCCGCCAAGCUGGAUGUCUUGGAGUCGUUACUGAGAGUGCAGAAAGACUUUGGCAAAACUUUCACUGAGCAGUCUAACAUCUAUGAGAAAACCGUUGCAGAAGGUGAAAACCUGUUGUUGAAGACACAGGGGGCGGAGAAGGCAGCCCUGCAGUUACAGCUCAACACCAUCAAAACCGACUGGGACCGAUUUAGGAAACAGGUGAAAGAAAGGGAAGAGAAACUGAAAGACUCGUUGGAAAAAGCCCUCAAGUACAGAGAGCAGGUGGAGACUCUGCAGCCGUGGAUAGACAAAUGUCAGCACAGCCUGGAGAGAGUGAAAUUCUCCUUGGAUCCCACUGAGACAGAGAGUUCCAUCGCCAAGUUAAAGUCCCUGCAGAAGGAAAUGGACCACCACUUUGGUAUGCUGGAACUGCUGAACAACACAGCCAAUAGCCUGCUCAGUGUCUGUGAGGUAGAUAAAGAUGCAAUCACAGAGGAGAAUAAGGCAUUGGUCCAGAAGGUAAACGUGGCCACCGAGCAGCUACAAAGCAAGAAAAUCUCCCUGGAGAACACAGCCCAAAAGUUUAAAGAAUUUCAGGACAUUUCCAAAGAUACCAAAAGGCAGCUUCAGGAUGCAAAAGACCAGCUAGAAGCCCAUCACUCCCUAGGACCUCAGGCAUACAGUAACAAGCACCUGACCAUGCUCCAGGCCCAGCAGAAGUCACUGCAGACCCUGAAGCAUCAGGUAGACUCAGCAAAAAGGCUGGCUCAGGACCUCGUGGUAGAAGCUGCCGACUCAAAGGGAACCUCUGAUGUGUUGUUGCAAGCAGAGACCUUAGCUGAAGAGCACAGCGAACUGAGCCAACAGGUGGACGAGAAGUGUUCGUUCUUAGAGACCAAGCUCCAGGGUCUCGGCCACUUCCAGAAUACCAUCCGAGAGAUGUUCUCUCAGUUCACAGAGUUUGACGAUGAGCUAGAUAGCAUGGCCCCCGUGGGGAGAGAUGCAGAAACCCUGCAAAAGCAAAAGGCGUGCAUGCAGACCUUCCUGAAGAAACUGGAAGCCCUCAUCGCGAGCAAUGACAGCGCAAAUAGAACCUGCAAGAUGAUGCUAGCCACUGAGGAGACCUCUCCUGACCUUAUUGGAGUCAAAAGGGACUUAGAAGCCUUGAGCAAACAGUGCAACAAGCUGCUGGACCGGGCAAAAACCAGAGAGGAGCAGGUAGACGGGGCCACUGAGAAGCUGGAGGAGUUCCAUCGCAAGCUGGAGGAGUUCUCGACUCUGCUCCAGAAGGCUGAAGAACACGAAGAGUCCCAGGGCCCCGUGGGUACAGAGACCGAGGCAAUCAACCAGCAGCUUGACGUGUUUAAGGUCUUCCAGAAAGAAGAAAUCGAACCCUUGCAGGUGAAGCAGCAAGAUGUGAACUGGUUAGGCCAAGGCCUUAUUCAGAGCGCAGCUGCAAACACUUGCACUCAGGGUUUGGAGCAUGACCUGGACAGCGUCAACGUGCGGUGGAAGACCCUCAAUAAGAAGGUGGCUCAGCGUACAUCCCAGCUUCAGGAGGCCCUGCUACACUGUGGAAGGUUCCAGGAUGCCCUGGAGUCCCUCCUCAGCUGGAUGGCAGACACCGAGGAGCUUGUGGCCAAUCAGAAGCCUCCAUCAGCCGAGUUCAAAGUGGUGAAGGCACAGAUACAGGAGCAAAAGCUUCUGCAAAGACUGCUGGAAGACCGGAAGUCUACCGUGGAGGUGAUCAAACGAGAAGGAGAGAAAAUCGCUGCUUCGGCAGAGCCUGCAGACAGAGUAAAGCUCACAAGGCAGCUGAGCCUCUUGGACAGCAGAUGGGAAGCGCUGCUCAGCAGAGCUGAAGCAAGGAACCGUCAACUGGAAGGUAUCUCUGUGGUAGCUCAGGAGUUUCAUGAGACCCUGGAGCCGCUGAACGAGUGGCUCACAGCCGUAGAGAAGAAGCUGGCAAACUCCGAACCCAUAGGAACCCAGGCCCCGAAGCUGGAGGAGCAGAUUGCACAGCACAAAGUCUUAGAAGAUGACAUCACCAAUCACAACAAACAGUUACACCAGGCCGUUAGCAUUGGCCAGUCCUUAAAGGUCCUGAGCUCCAGGGAGGACAAAGAUUUGGUGCAGAGUAAGCUAGACUCCUUGCAAGUGUGGUACUUUGAGAUCCAAGAGAAAAGUCACAGCAGGUCCGAGCUCCUCCAGCAGGCCCUGUGCAAUGCUAAGAUUUUUGGGGAAGAUGAAGUUGAGCUGAUGAACUGGCUGAACGAAGUGCAUGACAAACUGAGCAAGCUGUCAGUCCAGGAUCACAGCACUGAGGCUCUGUGGAGACAGCGGGCUGAACUCAGGGCUCUACAAGAAGACAUUCUCCUCAGGAAACAGAGUGUAGAUCAGGCACUGCUGAACGGCUUAGAACUGCUCAAACAAACCACAGGUGAUGAAGUCUUAAUCAUUCAAGAUAAGUUGGAAGCCAUUAAAGCCAGGUACAAAGACAUCACCAAGUUGAGUGCCGACGUAGCGAAGACACUGGAACAUGCUCUGCAGCUCGCCGGACAGCUGCAGUCCACACAUAAGGAGCUGUGUAACUGGCUGGACAGGGUAGAGGUGGAGUUGCUGUCCUACGAGACUCAGGGCCUGAAAGGAGAAGCUGCGAGCCAAGUGCAGGAGAGACAGAAAGAGCUGAAAAAUGAAGUCAGGAGCAACAAAGCCUUACUGGAUUCUCUCAAUGACGUGAGCAGUGCCUUGUUGGAACUGGUGCCCUGGAGGGCGAGGGAAGGGCUUGAGAAGACAGUCUCAGAAGACAAUGAACGCUACCGACUGGUGAGCGACAGGAUCACUCAGAAAGUGGAGGAGAUCGAUGCCGCCAUUCUGAGGUCUCAGCAGUUUGACCAAGCAGCAGAUGCUGAGUUAUCCUGGAUCACUGAAACACAGAAGAAAUUAAUGUCUCUGGGUGACAUCAGGCUUGAGCAAGACCAGACCUCUGCUCAGCUGCAGGUUCAAAAGGCUUUCACCAUGGAUAUUUUGAGACACAAAGAUAUCAUUGAUGAACUUGUUACAUCUGGGCAUAAAAUCAUGACCACAUCCAGUGAAGAGGAGAAGCAGUCAAUGAAGAAAAAGCUGGACAAGGUACUGAAGAAGUACGACGCCAUCUGCCAGACCAACUCAGAGAGGCACCUGCAGCUGGAGCGGGCACAGUCCCUGGUCAGCCAGUUCUGGGAGACCUAUGAGGAACUUUGGCCGUGGCUAACGGAAACACAACGAAUCAUCUCUCAGCUGCCUGCCCCAGCCCUGGAGUACGAGACUCUGAGAAGACAGCAGGAGGAGCAUCGGCAACUUCGGGAGCUGAUAGCCGAGCACAAGCCUCACAUAGAUAAGAUGAACAAGACUGGACCACAGCUACUGGAACUGAGCCCGAAGGAAGGCAUUUAUAUCCAAGAAAAGUAUGUGGCAGCCGACACCCUCUACAGUCAGAUCAAAGAAGAUGUCAAAAAGCGAGCUGUGGUACUGGAUGAGGCCAUUUCUCAGUCCACCCAGUUUCACGACAAGAUCGACCAGAUCCUCGAGAGCCUGGAGCGCAUCGCCGAGCGUCUGCGCCAGCCGCCGUCCAUCUCCGCCGAGGUUGAAAAGAUCAAGGAGCAGAUUGGUGAAAAUAAGAGCGUGUCCGUGGACAUGGAGAAGCUGCAGCCACUGUAUGAGACUCUGAGACAGAGGGGAGAGGAGAUGAUUGCCAGGUCGGAGGGCGCCGAAAAAGACAUAUCUGCCAAAGCUGUACAGGAUAAGUUGGACCAAAUGGUAUUCAUCUGGGGAAGCAUCCACACGCUGGUAGAAGAACGGGAAGCCAAACUGCUGGAUGUGAUGGAACUAGCAGAAAAAUUCUGGUGUGAUCACAUGUCACUGGUCGUUACCACCAAAGACACACAAGAUUUCAUCCGGGACCUGGAGGAUCCCGGAAUCGACCCCUCAGUCGUAAAGCAGCAGCAGGAAGCAGCAGAGGCAAUAAGGGAGGAGAUUGAUGGGCUGCAAGAGGAGCUGGACAUGGUCAUCAUGCUGGGCUCGGAGCUCAUCGCCGCAUGUGGGGAGCCCGACAAGCCCAUUGUCAAGAAGAGCAUAGACGAGUUAAAUUCAGCAUGGGAUUCUCUAAAUAAAGCUUGGAAGGACCGGGUUGACAAACUGGAAGAGGCCAUGCAAGCUGCCGUUCAGUACCAGGACGGAUUGCAGGCAAUAUUCGACUGGGUUGAUAUUGCAGGCAACAAGUUAGCCACAAUGUCUCCAAUUGGAACAGACCUGGAGACGGUCAAGCAGCAGAUUGAAGAGCUAAAGCAAUUCAAGUCAGAAGCUUAUCAACAACAGAUAGAAAUGGAGAGGCUGAACCAUCAAGCAGAGCUGUUGCUGAAGAAAGUAACAGAGGAGGUUGACAAGCACAGCGUCCAGGACCCGCUGAUGGAGCUGAAGUUGAUAUGGGAUAGCCUGGACGAGCGAAUCGUCAGCAGACAGCACAAGCUUGAGGGCGCUCUCUUGGCGCUGGGUCAGUUCCAGCACGCCCUGGACGAGCUCCUCGCGUGGCUGACUCACACCAAGGGCUUGCUAAGUGAACAGAAACCCGUUGGAGGAGAUCCGAAAGCCAUUGAGAUUGAACUCGCUAAGCAUCACGUACUCCAAAACGACGUCUUAGCCCACCAGUCCACGGUAGAAGCCGUCAACAAAGCAGGAAAUGAUCUCAUCGAGUCAAGUGAGGGCGAAGAAGCAAGCAACCUCCAGUACAAGCUCAGAAUUCUAAAUCAGCGCUGGCAGGAUAUUUUGGAAAAAACAGAUCAAAGGAAGCAGCAGCUGGACAGCGCCUUACUCCAGGCCAAAGGGUUCCACGGUGAAAUCGAAGAUUUGCAGCAGUGGCUGACGGACACAGAGCGUCAUCUCUUGACAUCCAAACCUCUAGGUGGUCUCCCAGAGACAGCCAGGGAGCAGCUUAACGCACAUAUGGAAGUCUGCACUGCCUUUGCCGUCAAAGAAGAGACGUACAAGAGCCUGAGUCUGAGGGGCCAGCAGAUGCUUGCACGAUGUCCCAAAUCUGCAGAGACCAACAUUGACCAAGACUUAACCAACUUGAAAGAGAAGUGGGAAUCCGUGAAAAGCAAACUCCACGAGAAGAAAACAAAAUUGGAAGAGGCCCUGCACUUAGCCAUGGACUUCCACAACUCCCUCCAGGACUUCAUCAACUGGCUUACCCAGGCUGAGCAAACUUUGAAUGUGGCCUCUCGGCCAAGUCUUAUCCUGGACACCAUCUUGUUUCAAAUUGAUGAGCACAAGGUCUUUGCCAACGAAGUAAAUUCUCACCGUGAGCAGAUAAUAGAGCUAGACAAGACUGGAACCCACCUGAAGUAUUUCAGUCAGAAGCAAGAUGUCGUGCUGAUUAAGAACUUGCUCAUCAGCGUGCAGAGUCGGUGGGAAAAGGUGGUUCAGCGCUUAGUAGAGAGAGGAAGAUCCUUGGACGAAGCGAGGAAGAGGGCCAAGCAGUUCCACGAAGCAUGGAGUAAGCUGAUGGAAUGGCUGGAUGAGUCAGAAAAGUCUCUGGAUUCUGAACUGGAAAUCGCCAAUGAUCCAGACAAAAUCAAAGCACAGCUGGUACAGCAUAAGGAGUUUCAGAAAUCACUUGGAGGCAAACAUUCUGUCUAUGAUACCACCAACCGAACUGGGCGUUCUCUGAAGGAGAAAACCUCCCUGGCUGAUGACAACCUGAAGCUGGACAACAUGCUGAGCGAACUCAGGGACAAAUGGGACACCAUAUGUGGAAAGUCUGUGGAAAGACAAAACAAAUUGGAGGAAGCCCUGCUAUUUUCUGGACAAUUCACAGACGCCCUGCAGGCCCUCAUUGAUUGGCUGUACCGAGUUGAGCCUCAGCUGGCGGAAGACCAGCCUGUGCACGGAGACAUUGACUUGGUGAUGAACCUGAUCGACAAUCACAAGGUCUUCCAGAAAGAGCUGGGGAAGAGGACCAGCAGCGUGCAGGCCUUGAAGCGCUCUGCCAGGGAGCUCAUAGAAGGCAGCCGUGAUGACUCCUCCUGGGUCAGGGUCCAGAUGCAGGAGCUAAGCACCCGCUGGGAAACCGUGUGUGCGCUCUCCAUAUCAAAGCAGACGCGGCUAGAGUCAGCCCUGCAACAGGCAGAGGAAUUCCACUCUGUGGUCCAUACCCUCUUGGAGUGGCUGGCGGAGGCAGAGCAAACCCUGCGUUUCCAUGGUGCUCUCCCAGAUGAUGAGGAUGCUCUCCGGACUCUCAUUGAGCAACACAAAGAGUUCAUGAAGAAACUGGAAGAGAAAAGAGCAGAACUAAAUAAGGCCACCGGUAUGGGGGAUGCCCUUCUGGCCGUCUGCCACCCUGACUCCAUUACCACCAUUAAGCACUGGAUAACGAUCAUCCAGGCCAGGUUUGAAGAGGUGCUGGCCUGGGCAAAGCAGCACCAGCAGAGGUUAGCAGGGGCGCUGGCCGGGCUCAUUGCUAAGCAGGAGCUGUUGGAGACUCUGCUCGCAUGGCUGCAGUGGGCGGAAACCACACUGACUGAGAAAGAUAAGGAAGUCAUCCCCCAGGAGAUCGAAGAGGUGAAAACCCUCAUUGCAGAACACCAGACCUUCAUGGAAGAAAUGACCAGAAAACAGCCCGACGUUGAUAAAGUUACCAAGACCUAUAAAAGGAGGGCCGCUGACCCUCCGUCAUUACAGUCUCACAUCCCUGUCUUGGACAAGGGACGAGCCGGAAGGAAACGCUUCCCGGCCUCAGCUUUGUACCCAUCUGGAUCACAGACACAAAUCGAAACCAAGAAUCCCAGGGCUAACCUGCUGGUGAGCAAGUGGCAGCAGGUCUGGCUCCUGGCCCUGGAAAGGAGGAGGAAGCUCAAUGACGCCCUGGACAGGCUGGAGGAGCUGAGGGAAUUCGCCAACUUUGAUUUCGAUAUCUGGCGGAAAAAAUACAUGAGGUGGAUGAACCAUAAGAAAUCUCGAGUGAUGGAUUUCUUCCGGAGAAUCGAUAAGGACCAGGACGGCAAGAUCACUCGGCAGGAGUUCAUUGACGGGAUCCUCUCCUCCAAGUUUCCCACCAGUCGCCUGGAGAUGAGCGCCGUGGCAGACAUCUUUGACAGAGAUGGUGACGGGUACAUUGACUACUAUGAAUUCGUGGCCGCUCUGCAUCCAAACAAAGAUGCAUACAAACCCAUCACGGAUGCUGACAAAAUCGAAGACGAGGUCACGAGGCAGGUGGCCAAGUGUAAGUGUGCCAAGCGAUUCCAAGUUGAACAGAUCGGCGACAACAAAUACAGGUUCUUCCUGGGAAAUCAGUUUGGAGACUCCCAGCAGCUGCGACUGGUUCGGAUCCUGCGAAGCACGGUGAUGGUUCGUGUUGGAGGCGGAUGGAUGGCUCUGGAUGAGUUCUUAGUGAAAAAUGAUCCAUGCAGGGCUAAAGGAAGGACCAACAUGGAACUGCGGGAGAAGUUCAUCCUAGCAGACGGUGCCAGCCAGGGUAUGGCCGCCUUCCGGCCACGAGGCCGCAGAUCUCGACCUUCAUCCAGAGGAGCUUCCCCCAACAGAUCCACUUCCGCGUCCAGUCACGCCUGCCAGGCAGCCUCCCCACCGGUGCCUGCCGCUGCCAGCACACCCAAGAUUCUCCAUCCUUUAACACGCAAUUAUGGUAAACCAUGGUUGGCAAACAGCAAAAUGUCAACUCCCUGUAAAGCAGCAGAGUGCCCUGACUUUCCCGUAUCAUCUGCAGAGGGAACGCCAAUCCAGGGAAGCAAGCUGCGACUCCCAGGGUACCUGUCAGGGAAAGGCUUCCACUCCGGGGAGGACAGCACCUUGAUAACGACAGCAGCUGCCAGAGUCCGAACACAGUUUGCUGAGUCCAGGAAGACGCCCAGCCGCCCUGGAAGCAGAGCCGGAAGCAAAGCUGGAAGCAGAGCCAGCAGCCGCCGAGGCAGCGACGCCUCCGACUUUGACAUUUCAGAAAUCCAGUCUGUGUGCUCAGACGUGGAGACCGUCCCACAGACACACAGACCUGUGCCCCGAGCAGGUUCUCGGCUAUCCACAGCCAAGCCUUCUAAAAUCCCCACGCCCCAGAGGAGGUCACCUGCCGGCAAAUUAGACAAGUCUUCGAAGAGAUAGUGCAAUUGGCUCCAACCAGCCCUUCCCCGAGCAUUUAUUAUUUAAGCGAAUGAUGUAAAAUACGAUGUAGAAAUUACUGUGAAAUAUUGCAGGAAGGCGAGUUUUAAAUUCUGCAGAUGGCCUUAUUUGUGUAUUUGUCUUUUUAUUUGAUCAUCACUUUUUUUGGUCAGAUUUUCUGGGGGGGGAGGGGUAAAAGUCACAUCAUAUGUGAUAAGGAAGAAAGAACUUAACAUAAACUAAUGUUUCUGCACUGUCGAGUGUAGACCACACACUAAAAGUCAGUUACUGUACCUACAGGUAAGUCCACAUUCUCUCUGACAACCAUAGCACUACAUAGCUGACAUUAAGGGAUACCUCAUGACACCUCUUAUGGAGAUUCUGAACAGCUGACAGACCAAGCAGGGAAUUUUAUUUUUAUUUAUUUUUUAUUUUAUUUUGCGAUGCUCUAACUGUAAAUUAGACAGAAGACAAAAGGAAAAACACAACAAGACACAGUUCUUCGAGCAGAGCCACCAACAGAGAAUCAAUCACAGGAGAACACUUCAAGCAGCACGAGUACCGUGGCGUGCAAGCACCUCCCGGCAUCCUUGGGCCUCUGCUUCGGGCACAGCCAGAUGUGUCCUGGGCAUCAGCCGUCUAUACUGUAAGAAUGCAAUGCUACGUGCAUUCGUAUAAACAUGCAAGGUUUUGCUUUGCUUGGGUGGACAGCAGCCCCUGUACCAUUGAACUCAUUUUGUAACAGCAAUUUCGCUUGCAAAAAAAAAAAAGAAAAGAAAGAAAAAAAAGAAAAAAAAGCUAUGAAAUAAAACAUGUCCCUUAACAACAUCGCUAUGGAAUUAAUUUUUUUUCCCCAGGGAAAACUGGUGUAUUUUUUUAUGAACAGUAUCAAUUUGGAGUGACCAAAAGAUACUUGAAAAAAAAGUGGGCUUAUUUUGAUUUCUCAUCUGGAAUAAUCAUGUUCUGGUAUUAUAUCUACUUAUAUUUAAUAAAUAUGCAUUUUAAUUUAUUAUGUAUACUCACAUACUAGAGAAAGAUAUUAGUAUGCAUUUAAUAAAACAUAUUCACUUGAA